AUGUCGACCUAUCCACUGAAAAGGACUGUUUUUUCGCAGAUAUCUACUCCAGCAUUAUUGGAAACAAAAGAAUCAGUUCGUGAAAUGACAACUAACGUUAAAGAAAGAAGAGAAACCACAACAGAUACCGGUGGCAGGAAUAAUAUAUUUACAAAUCAACAGAGUAUGUCGAAGAUGUCUAUCACAUCAUCACCUGGUACAAAACCAUUAAUUCCAGUAAAUAUGAUUAAAGUCACAGUUAUUACUGUUGGUGGCUCCUUGAUGACUGUCGGUAUAGCGGUUGUUGUGAUUCUGCUUCUGUAUAAAAGAAAACGGAAACGAAUUAUAUAUCAUUCGCGUAAUUCUGCUAGCAAUGAUAUUCAUGCGUCUCUUGAAGGAGAACAACCAAUGCAGAUGUUCAGCAACAACGACAGGUCUCGUAACAGAACAAAUACAGUACCAUUUACUCUUCAACAAAAACAGCCUUCUGGCAAUAUUUCCGUCAGCAAUUAUCAGGACCCUGUUGAUAUGGAAAAUCAGUACCAAAGACUUGAUUUCUCCAUGCGGAGUGAUUUAAAAGAAGUACACGAUGACUACGCUAUGCAGUUAUAUAACCGAACAUCCUCUCCUGCUGUCAAUGACGACGAUUCGAAACCUUUGAAAAAAGCCGGACUUACAAAGGGGACGAACGAUUUGAAAGAAGUAUAUAAUAAUUAUUCCCUGCCAUAUGAUGCACUUUCUCUCCCUCCUGCAGUUAAUAAGGAUGAUAUGAAAAUACAAAUUAAAGUACGACCUUCACUGACAACGAAAGAUGUAAAACACAACAAUGUUGCAUAUACUGCGAUACUGCGAUAG